GAGGAAAAUUUCACACCAGUUGCGCUGUGAUCUGGACAUGACUAAGAAUAUUCCGUAUGUGAAGAAAUUACAGAUAGAAAGUUCAACCUUGAUGCCCUGGAUGUUUAUCCCCGAACAGAUGAACCUUCAAGGUAUUCUCCUUGAUUGAUCCUCAUGACGCAGUUCGACUGACUCCAAGGGUUUCUUGAGAUCGACGGAGAUGAUGAUACCAACAGCCGAGAUCACCCGGAAGAUACCCCAACUCACAAAUAAAAGACGCUCCUCGCUAAACUACUUGGAAAUGUUGUUCUGUUAAGACGCAAGAUAAGCGUUCUCCUCAGAAACAUAAUACAAUGUGGUGAUGUAUACCUUUCUCGACGAGUUACGAGAUGCGAAAGUAGAAAAGUGUCCCCCACUGAAUCGGAAACGACGAGGCCGCAGAUAUAAUGAUUUCCUACCGCAGUUUCCCACAGCGAUCGUGCAGGAAAUCGAGAGACGAGAAGACCCCUUCGAAGGAGUAGGAUCCUUUUCUGAAGGAGUUGCGGUGCAUUGAUGGAAUCUGAAGGUAACACAAGGAAUAUCUCUAAGUAUAGCCUACAUCUAACGACGCUGAGGCAUAAGUCAUAUUAUCGAUCUCUCGCAACGGUUCGGAUUUCGGGCGCUGGAUUCCUGCGCCACGUGGUUUGAUUGCUCAGCUCAACUUAUCGACUCGUAUACAUUCGCGAACAUCCCCAUGCUGCCUUCAGAGUACAACGCGGUGCCGGACGACCAACAAGCGGCCAUGCACCACCGGAGACUGAAGGUUGAUGUGGGGGGAUCUAUGUUCAACACGUUGGUGCAUACCAUCAACAGGAUACCUAACACCCGGCUCUGGCGACUAGCUCAGGGCAGGGAAGAUGACGAGUGUAUUUUGGAAUCGGGGAUUUAUUACAUUGAUAGGAAUCCGUUGAUUUUUCACGCGAUUCUUGACUGUUAUCGCACGGGACAUUUCCACAUUCCAUGUUGUUCGUGCAUCUCGUCCGUCCGAAAGGAGUUGGAGUUUUGGGAGAUUCCGACUCGUAUGAUCGCUUCUUGUUGCCAGCGGAAACUGCAGUCACAUGAAAUGGAGGAACGGGCUCUCGCUGACUUGAAAAAGGAAUUUAAGUGUCAACUUAGCGAGUACAAGGCAAUGAUGUCACGCGGGAAGUCCUUUCGAAGAUGGUUGCUCACAAUAUGGAUUUUCUUGGAAUUUCCAAACUCCUCAAAAUGUGCAAAGGGCUGGGCCAUCGUCUCCGGCGCGCUGACCAUCGCGACAAUCAUCCUCUUGGCAUGCACGAGCCACCCCGACCUUGUCCAGCCCUACGUCUACAACAGCACCAUCGGUGGGCAAAACAUAGACAAACUCAUUCCCGGAGAGAAAAUGAAACGGGCGCUGCUGGCGGAACCGCAUCCAGUGAUUGUAAUAAUGGACCAGACAGUCAAUAUCAUACUGACUUUAGAGUUCAUGGUCAGGUUCCUAACCUGCCCGGGAAAGCUACGCUUCUUCGCAAAAGUCUUAAACUGGGUGGACUUCAUCACGUUUUCGACUUAUUGGAGUUUCAUUUCCAUGUUCGCUGCCUUCGAACAGUCGCCGAAAGAUGCCGCCUAUAUCGUCACAAUGAACGUAUUUUCCGCCUUGGUGACGAUUCGUAUCUUCCGUAUAUUCAGAUUAGCGGGUAUAUUCAAGGGAUUACGGGUGUUGAUGCUACUUGUGAAGAAAAACUUCAAAGAGUUGCUAACAUUGAUUAUGUUUUUCAUGAUUGGCAUGCUCAUGUUUUCCACCAUGAUCUUCUUCGCGGAGUUGCACAUCGAUGAUGAUAAGUUCCCAAGUAUUAUCCACGGACUCUGGUGGUCCAUUAUAACCAUGACCACCGUAGGUUACGGGGACAUCGUGCCUUCCAGUUCCACGGGGCAAAUGGUGGGUGCCGUGUGUGCGCUGUGCGGCAUCCUACUCUCUGGACUAGCCAUUCCCAUCAUCAGCAAUAACUUCAAUCUGUAUUAUAAUUACAGUUACGCACAGGACGAACAGGAUGAAAUAGAGGGGAAAAAUGACCCAAACAGUCGCGAAAAUGGCGAUGUCCCUUUAAGUGCCCGAGAAAAGGCAGGUAGCAGAGGCAUCCGCUAUAUCUACUUCUACGAAGCGUGAGGCCUUUGGUCGCGUUGGUACGGUGGCACCUAAUUGGUAUUCAACACAAUAUACAGCAAACAAUAUUUCAAGAAAUCUGUCUUUAUUUCACUCGUCUAGUACUCUUAUUUGAUCAUAUAAAACUCCCUAAUAGAUCUUCAGUCGGACAACAUUUGCUCAAUCUGUCAUAAACGUAUCCUAUCCUAGCUUGAGCUAUUUUCUUAUUAGGAUUGAUGGAAAAAAUGAGGCCCAUGCAUAAAGAAUUUCUUUGGAUAUUUCUUGAAAACCACGUGGCGAUUUGGGCUUCCAAGUUUUGUAAUAUCACUUAGGGGCCACUGUGUAUGUAGUAUCUAUCGGCACUUUAUCCAUUGGAGAAAUAUGUAUGUCUUCACUUUUUAAUCUGUGAUACUUCAAAACAUAUGCUUGCCAAACUAAGUUGAAAUGCACCAAGUUUAAAAAAAGUUCAAGUAUUAGUGCCUACCUUUCUUCCAAAUGGAAAGGAAAUAAAAUAUCAAACAAACAAAACAAAGGUUAACUCCUCUUCCAUUCCGCCUUUUGGUUUGUUAUCGUUUUCUAUGAAAUCUUGACACAGGACAUGUUUUGCCCGAGUAUAAGGCAACCCAAUAGGCUGCGCUUAUCUAAUUCAUUUCAGAGUGCGGAGUGGUUUCCGUUCAAAAGCGGGCUGUCCACAAAAUACCGUGAAUUUUCAUGACAUUUGUAUCAACAGUGCUAUUUUCCAUCGCGAAGAUUUGAGAAAUGUAACGAGCGGGCCCAAUUUGUGUGCGUGUGUGACUGAGUGAAUGGCAAUGCACUCUAGAAAUAAAGGUAUAUGACCUUUUGAAAACCUUUUAAAGUUUUUCGGUCAACACAAAUAUGCACAGGAAGAGGUUUUCCGGUAAAAUGAACUACUCCUAAUUGAUUUUGAUUUUCUGAAACCGGGUGUUUAUUAGUGUUGACCCAAAAAACGAUCAGGUUUUGAAAGCUAAAAAUCCUGUGCAGUCUCUUUACCAAUAAAAACAGAGCCUGGUAAAAAAACCUCGGAACAGAUCCAUCAACCUGGUACAAUGUAUAUACGUGUAGGUUUGAUAAUGAGAAAUGAGCUGUGAUGCAACAGAAAAUGUUCACAUUUGCUCUGUAAAAAUCAGUAGUCCGGCCGGUGUAGAGGUGCGAAAUGACCGAGAAUGGAAUGGCCGGGUGAUUCUGUUGUGCACUUCAAUCUCUGAUCUAUUGACGGUUAUGGCCUCUAUAUGAAACCAUAUAACAUAAUGCGUCAGUGAGCAUACAAUAGGGCCGAACACUUUUUCCAGGAGGACAUUUCGUACUUCUACACUGGCAUUGUGUUGAGAUAAUCCUUUUAUCUCGAAUUCAACAUGUCCGGGGAACGUGAUUGUAGAUAGAACUGUUACUUUCUGGUUCAGAGACUGGUGCAUGCGUUUGAAGUGUGAUUGGCAGUGGUUGAUUCCGCCAGAAGUGGGGGCUUUCGUUAGCAAGUAACGGGGACGAUUUUUCAGGGACAUCCCGCCCCGGAAGCAAGUACAUUUGAACUUGUAAGCUUUUUACAGUCUUCAGAUCACCGAAAAAGACAUAUUUGGCACUUUGAUUACCAUAUUUUUCUGGGGAAGGGCCCCAGACGGUUGUAAGAUCGCUCUUCCGGUGCUGACUGCACGACAUGUAUAGAUUUAUUUAAGAUAUGCGCAUUUGUGCUGAUGAGCCAGAUCGCAAAUUCCACUUCUUUACAUGUAUCAUAAAUACAUUACUAAAAAUAAACUAUACCAUUUGCGAAAGCUAACCGUUCUUAAGCCUAUUCCGAGAUCGCAAUUUUUUUCGGUGCGCACGAUAGUGCUGCUGAAACCUUUCCAAAUCUUAAUUUAGAUUUAUCAAUCGUAUCAUUAGAUAAUAGUUUUUCCUAUAAAUACCAAUGUGUGGACCAUUUUUUCGUUGCACUGGCAAUUCCUUUCUCAUUAAUGUGUAGAAUAUUUUACCUCUAAUAUGUAAAUCUUCAUUCUGCUAACUUGCUUAUAAAGAUGGAUAUUGUAUGUCAUUUCGACAGUGAGUGAGUCAUAGGAAGUGUGCAAUCCCCUUCAUCGAAUUCUUAAAUGGUUUGACUCUGCAAAAUCCCCUAACACAAAUCACACGCAAAUGUCCGGGGAAAAAUGUUCCUAUAGGGCGCAUAUUUUCUCUAAGGUGUUGAAAGUCAUCGGUCUCCAUAAACCAUAUUAAAAUCUGAAAUCGAUCUAAAACUUAUUGGCAUUUCCUAAAACACCCACAACUAUUUGGAGCAGAAUAUCUGAUACCUCGUCCAUAAUAAAAGUUGCGCUAACAGCAUGAGGCAUUUGGAAACAUGAUAAUAAGUGUAUCUGGUAUGGUUCUGUGACACCCUGUAUAGUUCGAAUGCCUCUAAACAUGUAAACAAUGCACAAUGUUGCCUCUUCUAUAGAUGUAAAUAUUUGUACAAAGUGAUUUUGCAUCAGCGUCUUGUGUUUUUCUAUGAGAAACAACUGUGUGUACUUCUAAAGAAAAAUAAACAGAAUUAUUUGCAA